AAACAAAUAUAGCUUAACGUAAAAUAAAAUAUUGUCUUAAUAAUACGGGACACCAAUUGAUACAAUACACCCGACAUAUACAUAUCCCACACACCGUAAGCUUUGAAUAAUGGAUAUUAUUUUAGGAAUUAGAGUUCUGGAUGGAACUAUCAUUGCCACAUCAAAGGCUGCCACAAGAGGGAUUUCCAUUUUGAAAGCAAAUGAUGAUAAGACUCGUCAAUUGAACACACACAACUUGGUUGCCUACACCGGUGAAUCUGGUGAUACUGUGCAAUUUGCUGAAUACAUCCAAGCCAAUAUUCAACUUCAUACCAUGAGAGAAAAUGAUGUUGAACUUUCUCCACGAGCUGUUGCCUCAUUUGUAAGAAACCAACUUGCCACAUCGCUUCGUUCCCGUAAACCAUACCAAGUGAAUGUUUUAAUUGCCGGGUAUGAUGUGAAGACUGAUACUCCAACUUUGAAUUGGAUCGAUUAUCUUGGUACUCAAACGGAAUUACCAUAUGGUGCCCAUGGUUAUGCCGCAUUCUAUUGUUCAUCUUUAUUGGAUAGACACUACAGAAAGGAUAUGAAGAUUGCCGAAGGUUUGGAAUUGUUACAAGCAUGUUUGAAGGAAUUAGAAACAAGAAUGCCAAUUGAUUUUAAGGGUUGUUAUGUUAAAAUUGUCGAUAAGAAUGGUAUUAGAGAAGUAGAGUAGGUAUAUAGUAUACAAAAAGAGGAACCUAGAUGAU